AUGUCGACCGAUUCUCGACAUGACACCUCAUCUUGGAACUAUUUCGAUAUCAUUUUAUCGUUUACACAUUUCGUGGGAUUUGUGACAAUUUGUCUGAAUGGAUACUUUUUUAAUACGUUCAAAGAUGGUUUGGGUUGGCCUACAGCGCUGAAUCAGACAGGAGACUGGAAUCAGAAUGAAGUGGAAACGAUGGGCAAGAAAGGAGAUCAGCUUCAUGCGUUCUUGAUGGUCCUUGCCUUCAUUUAUUUUCAAGGAGAGGCUCUUCUCGCCUACCGAGUCUAUCGACAUGACGCGAAAAUGGUCUCGAAACUCCUUCAUACCGCCCUGCAUAUCACUGCGAUCGGACUAGCAAUUACAGCUCUUUGUGUUAUUAUUAUUAGCACCAAUAAUACGGGGUACAACAACUUCACAAGUGUUCACAGCUGGAUUGGUGUUUGUUUGAUUGCUGUGUAUCUUGUGCAGUUCUCAUUCGGAUUCUGCACCUAUUUGUGUCCCUGCUCUCCUGGAAAGUAUCGUGCUCUUCUGAUGCCAGUUCAUCGUGCCGUUGGAGUCAGUUGCUUCGUAGUGGCUUGUGUUCAAUGUUGCCUUGGAUUUGGAAAUGUUUUGCUGGAAGGACAACCUGCGUGCUUCGGUGAUCUCUCCUGCCAGAACCGUAUCGAAUACGUCGGUGCCUUUUGUGUCCUUUCUAUUAUCCUUUACACUCUUCUCGUUCUUGCCCUAAUUAUUCCCAAGCCAUGGAGAAGGGUAAAAACUCCCGAUGAGCUUAAAUAG